GCCGCAGACAGGCCGCGGACGGGCGAGCGGCGCCCGAGAAGCUCAGGUCGCGGGCCGGGCGAGCGCGGAGUAUUGCCCGAGUGUGAGCCUGAAAAUGGGAGGUGCUGUGAGUGCGGGUGAGGACAACGACGAGCUGAUCGACAACUUGAAGGAAGCUCAGUACAUCCGGACAGAACAGGUGGAGCAGGCUUUCCGAGCUAUCGACCGUGCAGAUUAUUAUCUAGAAGAAUUUAAAGAAAAUGCGUAUAAAGACUUGGCCUGGAAGCACGGAAACAUCCACUUGUCGGCCCCGUGCAUCUACUCGGAGGUGAUGGAAGCCCUGGACCUGCAGCCGGGGCUCUCCUUCCUGAACCUGGGCAGUGGCACUGGCUACCUCAGCUCCAUGGUGGGGCUUAUUCUAGGUCCUUUUGGGGUGAACCACGGUGUGGAGCUUCAUCCAGAUGUGAUUGAGUAUGCAAAACAGAAACUGGAUUUCUUCAUCAGGACCAGUGACAGCUUUGACAAGUUCGACUUCUGUGAACCUUCCUUCGUCACUGGCAACUGUCUGGAGAUCUCUCCUGACUGCUCCCAGUACGACCGCGUGUACUGCGGGGCUGGUGUGCAGAAGGAGCAUGAGGACUACAUGAAGAGGCUGCUCAAGGUGGGGGGCAUCCUCGUCAUGCCGCUGGAGGAGAAGUUGACUAAGAUAACCCGCACGGGCCCUUCCGCUUGGGAAACCAAGAAGAUCCUGGCCGUGUCCUUCGCGCCUCUGGUCCAGCCGCGGCGCUCGGAGUCGGGGAAGUCGAGGCUCGUCCAGUUGCCGCCCCUGGCCGUCCGCAGCCUCCAGGACUUGGCUCGCAUCGCCAUCCGGGGCACCAUUAAGAAGGUCAUUCACCAGGAAGCAGUGAGCAGAAAUGGGAAUGGACUGAAGACCACUCCCAGGUUCAAGCGAAGGAGAGUUCGCCGCCGUCGAAUGGAAACCAUCGUCUUUUUGGACAAAGAGGUCUUUGCCAGUCGGAUUUCCAACCCGUCAGAGGACAACAGCUGUGAAGGUUUAGAAGAGGAGCAGCAGGAAGAAGAGGGGCAGAGCCCGGCUGAGAUGAAGCCAGAGCCCCCCGUGAACUUCCUGAGGGAGAAGCCAGUCAAUCAAUAAAAAAUAGAAGAAGCAAUGUCUAGUAAUCCUUGGAAAAAUAUCCUGAAGAAGAAAACGAGUGUUGUGUGCAGGUAAUAAACCACAUAAGUUCUACCCAAUGACGGGGAUCACUGUGGUCUUUCAGUGGGACUGUGGGUGUCUGAGGACUGACCUGUUGGUCCUCAGCAGGUGGGGGAGGGACUCAGGCUGGGCUGGACUCAGGACUCUUGGAGGCGGCCUGUGCUUUUCGUCUUAACUUCAGUUGGUAUUUUCUGUAAUCACAUUAGAGCACUGAUUCAUAGAUUUUAUCUUUUGUAAUUCUGCAGAAAAAGAUUCGUUAGUUUUGUACAUUUUCUCAAGAACAAAUGCAUGUGUUUUGCUGGCUGCACUGUGACAGCAGUUCCGGCCUUGGGGAGCCGUCUGGGCUCCUGUGGCAGGAGCUUCCUGUCCCAUCGGGGUCUGGUCCAGAAGGAAAGGGGCUUGGUGGUGGCAGAAAUGUUUUGAAGUUACACCUGUUAUUCCAGAAAAUUGGUUCUCUUCGAAAUUUAUUUUUUAUCCAAAGAAAAGACUAGUAUUAAAUGUUCACAGUAAGCCCAAGCUCAGAGUGCUGGUGUCGGAUUACUCACUCAGAUGUUAGGAUUAGUUUUAUCCCUUAGCCUCUUGGGUUUUGCUGAGGUUCAGUGUCUCUGUGGUUUCAACCAGUUAACUGAUGACAGCCCGGUUAUUUUGUUACCUUGUUGCUGUUUGUAGUCACCGAAUCAUCCUUGUCACGGGAUGCUGUGUGCAUGUGUAGCCGGAAAAUGUAUCUCGUCCUCGAUUUAUAACUCCAAGCUGUUGUAAAGAGGCUCAUCCUGGUUGUGGUACUUCCUCUACCGAGGCAGGCGGCAUCCUGCAGAGAGAGGAGCGUGGUGUGUGCUACACUGCACGUUGGGCGUUACUCUAAUCGAUCUGUAGCGGCCCCUGUGAUCUGUGCACAUCUCCACACAUACUAUUGAACAAAGGACAUCUGUCAAUCUGUUGCCUGACUAAAUUUGUUCCCCUAAGAUUGUCAGUGGAUUUCAUUUAUUUUAAACCGUGUUUGCCUUAUAACAAGGCAAUGCGUAAGACAUGUCUUUCCCAUGUAUGUGUUAAACCUUGCCUAAUAGUUUAAAUUUACAUGUUCUGCGUUGUCAUUUUUAAACCAGAAUUUGGUUAAAAAUAGGAAGAUAUAACACACGUGAACUAGCUCAGUGUCUCUGUCAGCAGGAAGGAGCACUGAGGAGGUGUCCUGGCCCCGCGUCACAGGGUCAGUGUGACUGCGCUGUUCCCAAACAGGUGCGUCCAGCGUGGUCUGUGUUGGAGCCACAGUCUGGACGGCUGUGGCUUCUGUGUUCAGAGUCAUCUGUAUUUUUAUAUGUGACUUUUGUCCUGAAAGUAGUAAAGCCAUAGAGAUGAACAAAACAGAGAUAAAAUGUAUAUUAAGUGUGUAAUGUAAAAAUCAACUGUGUGUGUGAAAAUGCUUUUGCCGGUCUGGAACUUCCAGGGGAUUCAUGUAAGAAUUUGAAACAGAUUUAAAGGAGCUGAUAUGUCUGAAUAACUACAAGAUAUCAAUAAAGGUAGUUAAGACGUUUUA